AUGACACCUAACUCUGUGAUGCAUCGGGACUGGUCGAUCCCCUCCAUUGUUCUACCCACUGCUGCUACACGUAGGAACAAGGUGCAAAGUAUCGUCCGUGAAUUUAAUGCGGUUGUUUCGGAAACACUGACUGGAUAUUUAUCACGGGGACCUGCAUACAACGCAAGUGGAGCUGGAUUUGCCGCGCCUUCUGGCUACACGCAGUACAAUAUCAACAAUAUUAGCGUUGUCGGUUUAAAUAGCUCUGUCCACGACUCGUUCGACUCCGAUGAUGGCAGAAAUCGUUAUUUAGUAUACAUCAUAACUGUGUUUCUCUCAUUGAUGGUUUUGAUUACUAUCGUUGCCAAUUUUCUCAUACUUCUAGGAUUCUGUACAUCGACAAAGCUUCACAAACCCACAAACUAUUUCUACGUGAGUAUGGCUAUUUCUGACUUUGCCGCUGGUAUAUUGGUAUUGCCUCUUGCCGUCUACGAUUGGUUCCAGAAUGAGGAUUGGCAACUUGGCAAAGGUAUAUGCGUGUUUUGGGUUAGCAUGGAUUUUUUUCUUUACACUGUGUCGGCAUACAAUAUGUGUGGUAUCUGCUUUGAUCGCUAUCUAGCUAUUUUUCACGGAUUCUGGUACCGGCCUAGGCGUUCGGGAAAGCUCGUGUUAAAAUUUAUCUUCGCUGCAUGGAUAUUCGGGUUUCUUUUACAAGUCCCGGUUAUUGCAUUGUGGGAAAUUGUAUCAGGGAACAGCACGAUUGAUUACGAUGAGUACUGUGACGUAGAGUUCGCCAACCAUUCCGUGUACACAACAAUUGCCAUGUUCAUUUCACCGGUCAUACCAUGUACGUUUAUAUUUAUUCUUUACUUACGAAUUUAUCUCGCGAUAAGAAGAAGAUCUAUAAAAAGGAAUUCUAGCAUUGAUAAAUUACUGACCAGCACAGAACGCAGGGUCACAGGGUCGGGUCAAAAAGCAUCAGGACAUAGGAAAAGGAAGAGAACAGAAUGGAUCAAUUUAAAGGAAAUACGGCCUCAAAUGAACACAAGGGUUAUUCUGGGACAUAAAAUCGCUGGUGGGAGAACUCAUCGUUACAAAGAGGCUGCCAGGUGUGAGAGGGAGUUUGAUGUAUGUAAUGACCCGGGGCGAGGAAGAUCGCCUAAUCGACACCAUAUUGAAGAUUCAAAUCGACGAAACAUUGUCAAUAACAGAAAUGCAUCAAUCGAGACUACGAUUAGUGGAGACAGCGCCACCUCAACUAACUUAAACGUGAGUUUGAAAGAAGAUAACAAUUCAGCUGCAGAGGGCGAUAGUGAUCGCGAAUUUAACGAGUUUCAACUAAAUACAAAUACAAACGAGAAACGAUUAAGUCGAGCUUCAAAUUUAAGUUUGGGUGUGUACACAGAUAAAAGCGUUCAGGGGACUCCAUACAAAGAUAGAAAACCCAGAAAUAAAGUUAUUAUCGGGCAAUCUGCCAGCGAUAGACGAGCAGCAGUACUGCUAACCAUAUUGGUUGGUUUCUUUCUGGUGUCAUACGCUCCCUGGGUCAUUAUCAGUAUAGUGGAAGCUGUAUACAAUGACGAUAUUUCGUUUGCUGUCUAUACAACCGCAGUUUGGUUGCAAUAUGUCAAUUCGUUGAUUAACCCUUUUCUCUAUGUUUACCAAGAUCUCGAUUUCAGGCAUGCUGUCCUGGCAGUUCUGAGACUGCGCAGAGACAAGGCCGGGAUUGAUUUGUCGUCCUAUUCUGUGUAG